AUCAGAUUUUGAGGUUCUCGCGAGAUGUUGAAAAGCCUACCAAACAUGGCCGCUAUCAUUUGGCUAGUAAAUGCGUAGCGAGCAAUGAUAAUGUUUUCUCUCUUUUCGUUCUCACCUGCAUUGUUAAUGGAUUGUUUGUAAUUUUGACCGUUUUGUCAGUGGUCUGAAACAACCUGUAUAUAAUUUACCUUGUACUGUCAUCGUCAGCUGUGAAAACGAUGUCUCUGAAGCCUCGACGAGUGGAUUUUGAUGCAACAUGGAAACUGCUCAGGGAGACGUUAGAAGGCGUUAUUACAUGUGGAUCUGUCCAGAGAGUGACAUGGAAUGAUCGUUUCUCUGAUGUGUAUAAGCUGUGUACAGCAGUGCCUGAGCCACACGGAGACAGCUUGUACACCAGCACCAAGGAGUUUUUGGAGGAUCAUGUUCGUAAUUUGCAUAAGGACAUCGUGGCAUCUGGAGAAGACCAUAUGCUGGAGAUGUAUCACAAGCACUGGGAGCGUUUCAAUACCGGAGCUGGCUACCUCAAUCAACUGUAUGGAUACCUCAACAACACUUACAUCAAGAAGCAGAAGUAUUCUGAGGCUGAUAUGAACUAUGGAGUCUUCCCUGUUGAUGCAGAUUGCCUUCUAGAAAUUGGGGAGCUUGCAAAAGACACAUGGAAAAAUCUCAUGAUAGAUCCCAUCAAAAACAAAUUGGUCAUUUUGAUUCUGUCUGAAAUUGCCAAAGAUAGAAAUGGCUAUGAUGUGAACCAGACUGUCAUCCAUAGUGUGGUAACGUCGUUUGUAGAUGUUUCUGAGUACAAGAAAAAAUUGCCACUGGAGUUGUAUCAAGAAGUCUUUGAGAUCCAGUUCCUGAAGGAGACUGGGGAUUACUACAGACAUGAGGCAGCCAGAUUAAAAGCGGAUUGUUCCUGCUCUGAGUACUUAGAAAAGGUUAUCCAACGGCUCGACAAUGAGAAUUUCAGAAGUCGCAAGUUUCUCCACAGUACGUCGUACGCCAAAGUCACACACGAAGUGCAAUCCAGAAUGGUGGCUGACAUCAUUGACUUUCUCCACGGGGAGUGCAAAGACAUGGUAGUACAGGAGAGACGAAAAGAUUUAACAAACCUGUACAUAUUAUUAAAGCCAAUCCACAAGGGACUGGAGGUCUUAGUGCGAGAAGUGGAGGGUCAUAUCAAACAACAGGGUAUGGAGUCGGUGCUCAGCCUGAAGAAUGACCCGUCGUUUGUGGAAGCCAUGCUUAAAGUGUACUACAAAUUCAAAGAGUUGAUAGCAGAUGUUUUCAACAAUGACCAAGCUUUUACGGGUGCCUUGGACAAAGCCUGCUCAGCUGUGAUAAACCAUAAAGCAACCAACACCAGAGCACCGAACAGAUCUCCAGAACUUCUAGCCAAAUACUGUGACAGUUUGCUCAAGAAAAGUACAAAAGGUAUUGGUGAUGCUGAGCUUGACGAGAAGUUGAACGGCAGUAUCAUCAUCUUCAAGUACCUAGAUGACAAGGAUGUCUUUCAGAGGUUUUAUUCUCGCAUGCUGGCGAAGCGUCUCAUCUACAGCCAGUCGGCCAGCAUGGAUGCUGAGGAGAGCAUGAUCACCAGGUUGAAGCAAGCUUGUGGCUAUGAGUUCACCAACAAGCUUCAUCGGAUGUUCACGGAUGUCAGCGUCAGUGCAGAUCACGUGAACAACUUCACCACCUACUUGCGUUCAAAGAAUGAAAGUCUUGGCAUUAACUUCAAUAUCUUAGUCUUUCAGGCUGGUGCAUGGCCGAUCAAUCAGCCUAACAACAUUACAUUUAACAUCCCUAUGGAACUGGAGAAAAGUGUGCAGUUGUUUGAGGAAUUCUACAGCAAGAAGUUUAGUGGCAGAAAAUUGACAUGGAUGCAGUCUUUAAGUAAUGUGGAGCUGAAGCUGUGUUACCUGAAGAAAUCCUACAUCGUCACCAUGAGCACAUUCCAGAUGGCCACUCUGUUGCCGUUUGAGAGCUCCGACUCACUGCAAUUCUCUGACAUUCGCACCAGCACGGGACUGCCCGACCGGGAGCUGUGCAAGCAGCUGCAGACUCUGGUGGACACCAAGAUGUUGACCACUGAGGAUGAGAAACCAGUUAAUGAGACGUCGGUGAUAACGCUGAAUCUCGCAUACAACAAUAAAAGAACGAAGUUUAAAAUCAUGGCAGCAAUACAAAAGGAAACUCCCCAGGAAGUAGAGAGCACACAUGCAGCAGUGGAUGAAGAUCGAAAGUUGUACCUGCAGGCGGCCAUUGUGAGGAUCAUGAAAGCCCGGAAAACCGUGAAACAUAAUAACUUGAUACAAGAGGUGAUCAGCCAGUCCCGCAGUAGGUUCACCCCCAGCAUCAGUAUGAUAAAGAAGAGUAUUGAGACUCUAAUAGAGAAGGCUUAUCUAGAGCGCGUGUUUGGCACCACGGAUGAGUACAGUUAUAUAGCAUAACCAGCCUGCACACCGAAUGAUGCUGCAACGGCAGACCUGCAGAUCUCCCACGUUCCGACCCAAUGAGCAGUAGAUCCGGGUGGAUGGAGCGUGCAGACCAGACCAGCACCAGGCGCCGGACAUCACAGUUCUGGCAGGAUAGUAGGUCUCUCUGAUAGUAGGGGUGCCACUUUCACAGAUAUUUCUCCGGAAACUUUGGAUGUUCCAAGCUUUUGUUUCAGUCCUGUUUUAAAGGGCGUAUUGUCAGAACAUAUGUUUUUGGUACGCUCCUUUUAGUUCCGAAGGUCUUCUGAUAGUUCUUGUGGGCACCCCUAUGUUGUAAUGCUGCGCAGUGGGUGAGAGAAUAUGUCUAAAUGGUGAACCUGUGACCUCUAAUGGGCACUACUUGCAGAGCACAGUGCACCAAGCAUUUAUCUUUUGCCCCAUUACACCGGUCAGUAUUCAAGCAGCGUCCCUCACAACCAUUCACGUCGCAUGAGGUCAGCAGUACUAGUGUGGUGUUGAUUACACCCUUUGGUAUCUCUAUUGGAAAUGUUGCUUUUGGACUGGACUGUCAGUAAUAUUUAGGAAUUAGAUAUAUGAAGUUGAAGCCAAGCUAUGAAUGAAUUCAAAGUACAUGAAUGGCUUUUUGUCCUCAUGUACUUUCAAAUACUUUGGGAGUUUUUUUAAAACCCUUUUUUAUUGUUUAUUCUGAGGUCGCAGCAUUUUUACAUGUGAAAGAUUUCCUCUAUGUGAUUUGAAUUCUGGGAGUCUUUUCUUUUCUUAUCAAUCUGUUUGAACAGAGAAAAUGAGCCAUUCUCAAAAGGUGAGCGCAGCUCCACCUGUGACAAUCGGGGGGGGGGGGGGGGGAGGAGAUUUGUAUGAAAUCAGUCUUCUUUCAAUUAAGAACAGACCAAAUAGAUACUAUUGAACAGAAAAUCAGCAGGAGUCCACAACUUUAUGAAAAUUUUGUAGUGAUUUGUUUAUUUUUGCUGUGUCUUAAAGUGAGUGUCUUGUACAAUUCAAAGGCUACUUAAAUGAAGUGGAGAAAAAAAAGUUUCAGAACGUAGUUGAAAACAUUCCACUGUUGUAAUUUCUCUUUAAGUAAAGGGUUUGAAAAUGUGUGGACUUGUCAUCAUGAUCAUGUAUGACAUUGGGCACCGCCAUUUUGAUUGAGCUCUUGGAACCUUUCCACGCGCAGUAAUAAAACCUUACUGUUCUUCAAAGUAACUAGAUGUUGGUAUUUCAGCACGAACGAAGCUCAUUUGACUUGUUUUUGCUGAAAAACAUCAUCCAUGUCGGCUAUGUGUCAACUGUUACAAAUGCAGUGCCCCCAGUACAUAGAUUUAAGAGGACCUAAAGAAAAUGUUCAUACUUCCUGUGCGAGCGUGUGAAAAUUCGCAAAGAUGCCUACAGUACCUUUGAAUUGUUUUACAGAUAGAAAAGUUCUUUCGGGAAAUUCAAAUCAAGGGAACAUUGUUCAAGUUUACCUUUUGAGAAUGGCAUAAAUCUAAGUUAGUGAAAGGCUGAUUUUUGUAAAGGUUAUGUUUACCCACCCCACCUGUGUGUCCUGUAAAUCCUCAUACUGACUGAAGUUGACCGAUUGCCAACAAUGUAGUUAAAGAAAGUGGUGUGGAUUUCUUUCUAGUCUUGUGGAUUUUUUGGGUAAGAAUCUAAACUCUCUUCACCAUGAAUCUUUUAUUUUUAGGAAGAUUGGAGAAUUUAGUAAUGGUGCAGUCCAGGUUGCUGAUGACUUUUAACGUUAUUUUCAUGAUGAAUUUGGCUGGGGUACUGGUUCUGGAGGAAGCUGAUGAGUAAUUUGAAGUUAAAAAAUAAAAAGAAAAGAAAAGGGAAUUAAUAGCAACAACAAAGUUGAUCUUAGCCUUUUAUUUUAAAGAAAACUUUUUAACACUAGUAUUGAUUACAAAUAUUAAUUAUUCGAAUAUUUAAGAUGUCUUUUUGUAAUGUACUGUUAAAGAUGGAAGUGAUUUAUCUGCUUUGAAAAGGUCGCAUACCUUGAGGAUUUAUUUAGGUCAGGGAAAAUGAAUCUAUUUAACAAAUUGUUACUACUCUCGUAACAGUUUUUGAGGGACUGCUGGGAGACUGGGGAAUGAUCUUUAAAAGGACUCGUGGUAGCAGUUAGUCCAGAGAUUUUUUUUCUAAUGAUGAAUUUUUGCAUAUGAAGAUAAUAAUGUUCUUUGGGUCUCUCCUCCCCCCCCCCCCCCAAACAAAAAAAUGCUCUUAUCUUUCUGGCUGUGGAGAAGACUUGAUAGUUUUCUCAUUUCGGGGAAGCAGUUGCUGAACUGAGUAUGAAUUACAAGUCAGGUGCAUGGAUUAAGACAUUUGCAGUAAGGACAGAAUGCAGGGUGGGUGGCUUUGUUUACCGAUCAGGUUUGAGGUGGUGUGGUUUAAGUCAGACAUUUUGAUCACUGUCUUUUUUUUUCGGUUUGUUCAUACUGCUCCACUUGUUUUUGGAACCAUCACUGUCCUGAAGUGUGGUAUUAGUUUGUUUGGCCAGCUACGUGCUUUUCUGAGGACGUGAAUUUUGUAUGAUGACGUUUGGUUUUGACAAACUUUGUCACGGAAUUUUGUACCAUGGCACCUUUGUGAAUGUCUGUAGAUGUGGUCCUUGGGGGCAUGGAAUUGUGUGUCAGUCUGAUGGCCAAUAAUAGGGAGACAUAUUUGUCUGGUUUUCUCAAAUUUUCCCGACAGACUCCAUGUGUCGUCUGUGAGAGUUCAUGUCCAGUUGUAUGCUAGUGAUGUCAGCAGAUCUUUUUAUUUUUAAAAAUUAGUCCAAUUUUUCCUGGGACUUCUACCACUGUCUGCCCUGUCUAUAUGAGAUUGAUUAGCUGCGGAUGCACUUAGAGUGUAUUCGUCUUGUAAAAUUUUGUUUUUGGCCAUGUUGUUGUAAACCCAAGCUGUUUCAUACUCUGAGCAUAAAUGCUGCACUCAGCUGCACAAGACCAUGCCGUAGGCCCUGAGUUUGAGACGAACUUGAUGUGAAAAUAACGCCUGCUUUGCAGGCAUGUUUUUGGGUCAGAGGAGAGAAUGCUGGACUAAAGUUUUACUCUAUAUUAUUAGAUGUGGGUGGUGGUGAUGGGUGGGCUGAAGAGUAGACAUAUUGUUUGUUUGCCACUGAACAGAGCUUCUGGUUCUUACAGCCGUGUUAAAUGAUGCUAAUAAACUGCUCGCUUUAAACUGCAACUUGUAAGUUUCUUCAAAAGUGAAAAGUACAGUGACAAGGAGAAAAUAUUUGUGCUUUUUUUUCCCCCCUGUUUUUUUAGGGUUGUUUUUGUUCUUUCUUGUCAACCCACUGCUGCUUUCAUAAUUCCUUCCCUUUCAUUUGUUUUUGUUGUAUUUGCUCACAAGACUUUGAGGUCUGUCUCUUUGUUUUAUUUAUUUUUCUUUUUUUCCCCCCCUUUCUUUCACUAGCAAGGUCCUCUAUCUCUUUGUUUGGUUUAGUUCAUCUGAGACCUUGUGGAGAGUUUCAUUCGUAAAACUGCCAUAUUUUGAGAGUGUGGAAGAUUGUGUAUUUAUGGUUGAGUAUGUCACCUGCACGUGGUUAGUGUGUAUAUGAGCUAUGCUAUGAAUUGUUUUUGGAUGUUUGUAUGACGUAUGGCAGUGCCAGGGGCCAGUGUGGGCAGCUGGGCAGGGGUUGGUUGUAACAUAAAAUGUUUUGUGAAGGUUUUGGUAGAGUGUACCCAUAGUAUGUGGUUUGGCUGGAUUUUGGAAAAUAUUGUAUGCGAGAGUGAGGUUACUGUUCUUUUGUUUCUAAUAGUAAGAACAUUAUGAUACACUAUAUAUAAUAUAUAUAUAAAUCUAUUACUUUAAUUAGUUGUGCUUGUAAAAAGAAAGCUCCUUGUCUUGUAUAAAAUAACCCCUUCUUUUGAAACAUGAGAAUACAUUGCUUUGAAAUGGA